CUCCAUCUCUCUCCUCACUCUUCCCUCUCUCCACCUCUCUCCCUCAGCGUUUCCGAAGCUUGAGUUUUUUGAUUGGAUCUGUCAAAAUUGGAGAUCCAUUGGGGGAAAGCUUUGAGCUUUGGAUGGGGGAGGGUUCCUUUUUCACAUUUGGCUAUUUAAGAAAUUUCAUCCAAAACCGCGAUAAGGGGCCACGGCUCCGACUGCCAAUUGCGGUGGAAGCUCCCGUGACAUUCUUUGGUGGUUAACCUGCGCGACGUAGUUUUCCCAUAUUUUCGGUUGAUCAGAUUCAUCGUUCUGUCGCUUCCACGAAAGAUUGAAGAUUAAUUCUAGGUUUUGGUUGUUUCCCCGGAUUUUGAUUGCAAGAUUGCUUUUUUGGUCGAUUUCCGUUUGUUGGGUCAAUUUGGGCCCUGAGAUUUGAGGAUCUCUGAGAUUUUAAUAAGUUGAGAGUGAGCCUGGGAGGAGGUUGCGAGAUUAGAGCUUGUCUGCCAUUUCAGGUGGUGAGAGCCCGAGGAGGUUUGUGCUCUGAUACUGUGUGAGGUUCUUGGGCAUUUAUCAGAUGAAAAGGAUAGCGCAUGCGAAAAAUGAUUCAGAGGCAGAAAUGUCUUAGAGGAGUAGGCUGUUUCCGACUUUCUCGGCUGCCUCGAAUGACAGCAGCAAGCCUUCGAUUGGACGACCGGCUCGAUGGACCUCUACCUUUGCUCGGGAGGUGCUUGCGGUGAUGGAGAGAGGAAGAAGAUGAACAGUGCGGUGAUGGGGACGAGAGAGAGGAGCGGGGCAUGUUUCUGAAUAUGAAAAAAUUGUGGGACUAUUAUUUAAUUUUAAAAAGUUUGUGCCAAAGUGUCAGUUUGGUAAUAAAGUUUGUCCCAAUCGUGCAAUUUACCCUGGAAGCCGUCGUUGCCUCUUCAUCAGUCUCUGCUGUUGCCGCCGCUUCCUCGUCGGCGGAGGUACCGUCCCGUUCUCUCCUCCACGGUUCUGCUCAAACUCUCUUUCUGCUUGUGGACCCUUUUGACCAAGAAGAACGAACACCGACUGAACCGGAGUCAGCUCACAAAUGGCGGGUCCUAAAGCUAAGAAGAAGAAGCAGCAGCAGCAGAAGCAUGGCGUCGACUUCAAAAAAAUAAAGAGGAAAGUCGGGAGGAAAUUGCCGCCCCCGAAGAAUGCCACCAACAUUCAAAUCAAAUCUAAAGCAAUCAUUCUUCCUGAGCAAAGUGUGGCAAUAGAAAAGGCAGGAUCAGCUACAAGCAAGAAAGGAUUGGUCUUGGAUGAUCUUCUUAAGCAAACAUCACACUACAAUUCGAAAGUUCGUCGAGAUGCAUUAACUGGCAUAAAGGAAUUAAUCCUCAAGCAUCCAGGAGAGCUGAAGGCUCACAAAUUUGCUCUGAUAGAAAAAUUGAGUCAACGAAUUGGUGAUGAAGAUCGCAUGGUUAAAGAGACACUGUAUGAGCUUCUUAAGUUGGUAAUAUUCCCUGGUUGCAAAGAGGACAUUCAAGGCUCUUUAAUAUUGAGGAUGAUGACAUAUAUCUUUAGGGCAAUGACACAUUUUUCGGUGGAAGCUCGGUUAAUGGCAUUCAAGUUUCUUGACCUUGUUGUGCAGAACAAUUCAUCAACUUUUCUGUUCUAUGCCGAAAAGAUUCUUCAAAAUUAUGAGGAUAUUCUUCGCAGUGACCUAUUUAAUAUGCAAGACAAGAGCAAGGUCAAAAAUGCUCUUUUGGGUCUGGUCCGCUGCUUGUCGAUCCUGCUAUGCAAAAGCCAGGAAGAUGGUUCUCAUGACAAAGAAACAGUUGGAGAAGUUUUAUUGCAUGCGUACUGGCUCAACAGUCCAAAAAAUUCAACAGAUUUUUCUCUCGUUACCAGGAAACUGAAGGACCUUGUGCCAGUCCUUAUAACUCGCCUCCUGGAGCUUUUACCUUCUCUUCGUUCCAUGAAUUCCAUGGGCUUGCAGUUACUUGAUACUGAGCUGUAUAUACUUCAGAGCAUAAAUCUUGCUCUGAAGUUUUUCAUUACGAAGUUUCAGAAGGAACAGAAAUCUUGUCAUUUGCAGUCUGAGAGGGAUGAAAUCAGGUCCCAGCCUGACAUGGUAAUUUGGGAUCAAACUGUAUCACCAGCAUUGAUGAAGCUGCUGGCUAAUUUUCCCCUUCAUUCAACUGACCAACUUUCGGCCAAGAAUCAGGAGAAGCAUUCCCUAUUGGAUGCGGAGAUAACAGAAAUAUUUUUCAACUUUCAAGAAUGGAUUGACCUUCCCACUGCUAUAACAAAUAAAUUUCUUCCGUAUAUAGAGAUGUUGCUGGUUGAAAAGACAAGUGAUGGAAAGCGGGUUCGUGCAGCAAUUCGAGAGAAGCAAUUGCUUUCAUUCUUCCCAUAUAUCCCAAAGCUACUGUCACAGCACGUCUCAGACGAUUGGAAGUAUUCUCUUCUUCAGGCAUUUACACAGGCUUUUAUGGAUUGCAAUCCCGAGUCUAAGCUGAAAUUCGCAUGCAUCUCCAUCCUCGAGAAAAUGCUAAUUCAUGGAACAGAGACAUUCCUUGACCCAAUUGACCCAGCAAUUCUGGACCAUCAGAUCACAUGGAUAAGAGAGCUUCCUGAAUUGUUGAUAGCAUUAGGCGAUAAGCACCCAUCUAGUUCCAAGGUAGUUUUGCGACUGAUAAAUCACCUUGGAGGAUCUGCUACCGUGCAUCCUUCCUUCUUGUUGGAAUAUGAAGGCCUGAAAUCUCCAUUUCAAGCAUUCUUCAGUAUGAGUGAUGGUGAAGGAAAUAUUUGUUAUGGGCCUUUUGUAAGGCUUCCCCGAGAUUGUCAGGAGCUCUCUUUGGCUUGCAUUUCUCAAUUCUCUUGUGCAGAUGUUCCUCUAUUGAAGGCAAUAACUAAAUGCUGCCUAUGUAAUGACUUGGAUCCAAAUCUCCUGUUCCGCAUUAUUGAAGUUCUCGGUCGUGCAGAAAAUAUCCAAAUUGCCGACCGCCUUGGUUUCUUCGUCACACUACUCUCACAUCUGAAAGUUAUUCCUGAAAACGAGCCGAUUGAAGAGACACAAUUGAAAAUCUCAAGUCCCAGAACCCUUCACAAAGUAACCCAAAUCGUUUGCAGAUGCCUUUCAGUAAUGGGUGAUAUUCUGCUGCUUCUUCAAUUGCUCGAGGGAAUUAUAGUCAGCCAGUUGCAAUUAAAACCAGACGUCGAGAAUGCACGUGCAUUACUUCAAGUCAUUUGCACCCUAGACUCCGAACCCACAAGACUUUCUGAAGAGAACCUUGCUGGGCUGAGUGAUUCCCUUUCUUCCUAUCUGUUAGAUAUUGUUCAUCGAACUCCAAUAGGUGCCAAUGAGACUGCUGAGUCUACAGUUCUUCUCGAGAAAGCUCGGUUUUACUAUCUCAAACCGUGCUAUUUCUUGUUCAUUAGAAGUCGCAGACUUCUAACUCUGGUCUUGAACGUGAUGAGGUCACUGGUGGAUGACUCGAGCAGGAUUUGUGCGAUUGCGGAGCUCUUUCUUUCGAUGCACAAAAAUGCCGAUAUGUGCCAAACUUUGUCGCAAUUCCAGCAGGAGAUCGGCUCGAUCCUGCUGAAGGUAUCUCAUCUGCAGGCCUCACAGGAAAACAAGAUGACCCUCGUAGAAAGGCACAAAAUACAACGUGCAUUGGAUCAACUGAGCAAUCUAUCGAGUUAGAAGCAGAUGCCGCCGGUCCUUUGCUUUUCUCACAAAAAUUUUGCAUUAUAAUUAUUCUCCGGUGGCGUUUGCUCUAAGGUUGUAAAUGAAGACGAAUCAAAUGAGAUGAAAUUUUGCAGUGUUAGAGAAUUCAAAGGGUCUAACCAUUCCCUCCUCCCUGUCACUAAC